AUGCGGUGCUUAGAAUUCGGGAAAAAGGCUAAAUUUAGGACAGAAGCAUUUGCAAAAAUGAAGAGACUGAGAUUUCUCGAACUCAGUCAUGUAAAGCUCACUGGAGGCUACAAAUAUCUCCCCAACGAGUUAAGAUGGCUCCACUGGACUGGAUUCCCUCUAAGGUCCAUACCAAAAGAUUUUAGUCUAGGAGAAGUAGUUGCUAUCUACCUCCCAUAUAGCAAUCUCAGAUACGUUUGGGAAGAUUCUGGGGUCCUUGCGAAAUUGAAGAUUCUUGAUCUCAGUAAUUCCUAUUCCUUAAAAAAAUCACCAGACUUUUCAACUAUUCCAAAUCUCGAGGAGUUGGUCCUCAAAAACUGUUGGGAAUUGGCAGAGGUUCACCAGUCCAUUGGUGGACUCAAAAGGAUUUCUUUGGUUAAUCUUAUGGACUGCAAAAUUCUUGAGGAGCUUCCAAGGAGUUUCUAUAAGUUAAAAUCUAUAGUAACUCUUGUUCUUGAUGGCUGUGAAAGAUUUGAGAAAUUGGAUCAGAAAAUAGGGGACAUGACAUCGUUGUCUACUCUGAGUGCAAAUGGCACAGCCAUAACAGAACUGCCGUCUUCCAUUGAUCCUGGAAGUCGAUCUUCCUUGAAAAGGAUGGAUAUAAAAAGCCUGCCAAGCCUCACAGGCCUCUCCCAGCUUGAAGACCUAUGCUUGGUUGAUUGCAAUCUUACCGAUGAAUUGAUAAAGGGUAUGGAUCUUGGGAGUCUUUCCUCUUUGAAGUCGUUACAUCUAGAUGAUAACAGUUUCAGUAGCCUUCCAAGCCUCUGCAGCCUUUCUAAGCUUGUCGAUCUAGAUUUGAGUAGUUGUACAAACCUUGUUGCAAUCCCAGAUUUACCAACGAGUCUGACGAACAUCUGCGCCUCAUACUGCACUGCAUUGGAAAUAAUGCCCGACUUUUCAGAUAUGUCCAAUAUGAGACGGAUGUUUCUAAACAGAUGUGCCAAACUCGUUGAGGUUCCAGGCUUGGAUGAAUCUUUGAAAAGCUCCAUGAGGCUGCUUGUAAUGGAAGGGUGCAUCAAUAUCACUGCUACUUUCAAGGAGAAAAUUCUACAGGGAUGGAAUUUCAUAGGACCUGUUGACAUCGUAUUUCUGGGACCUGGUCCGAGUGACAUCAUAAUUCUGGAACCUGGUGGCAUAUUUCUCCCUCCGAGUGACAUUCCUGAGUGGUUCCCGUGGGUCAAUGAGGGUGGUAGAAUAAAUUUUCAAGUGCCUGAAAUUAGGGGGAGUAAUGUAAUAGCCAUCGCUCUGUGCUUCACUUAUUUGAAAAAUGAUAAUCGUGAGCCAGAAUUUCCAUCUAGUGGCGUUUUGGUUACAAACCAUACCAAGCUCGCUACAUUUUACAUUGCAGUGGAAUCAGGCCCUGGAAGCGGUCCCCAUAAUUUUGAGUAUCUUUGGCUGGGACAUUUACCCAGCUAUAAGUUCAAUUUGGAAGGAGGCGACUUUGUUGAAGUUUUGAUAAGAACCGCACGUCCAUUUUUCAGAGUGAAAAAAUCAGGGAUCAGUCUAGUAUGGGACACCAAGCAGCCAGAGUUCAGGGUUGAUACUGACUGGGUAGAUAGGAUGUGUUUUUCUCGUCCAUAUACUGGAGGCAAUAAUAAUAUGGAAUAG